AUGAGUGAUGAUACGACGUUUUCAGUUGAUGUGUUGGAUGAAGUACUGGAAAAAGAGCUAGCGGGUUGGAAAGAACAAAAUGAGGGAUUUAUGGUGCUUGAUGAAGGAAAUUUUGAUCCCAAAAUCGAUCUACAAGAAUUAGAGAAGUUAUUGGAAGAAGGCGAGUAUAAUGAAGCAAUAAAAGAGACAGAAGAGGCAACACGACGUGGAAUGACUAGCAGGUCCAGAAGAAGUCAACCCGUUACUUGCGAUUUUCCAUGGUAUUCUUUUCCACGGAAUGUUCCACCUGAGACACAUGCGUGUUGGACUGUUAAGCUUGACUUACUCAAGAAAAGAAAGGUGCAUGUUCCAGCUGAGGUUGAUUGGCACUGGAUUGGAAAUUCGGGUUUGAUGGAGGCUAUAGAGCCUUACCUUGACAAGGUAUUUAAUGGAGUUCAUGGACAAUUUAUGUGUUUGGGUUGGAGACGCAUUUUUGAGAUUCAAGAGGUGGUUUACAAGGAGUUGGUGUAUGAGUUUCUUGCCACAGUAUCUUUCGCAAAAAAAGACAGGAUAUAUGCGGAUGAUAAUCUUACUUUUUGCCUUGGAGGGGAAAGGCGUUCCUUAAGCAUAGCCGAUUUUGCACUACAGGUUGGCAUCUACCUUCCAGCUGAAGUCCAUACACCAUUGUACCAAUAA